AUGGAGCCAAGGAGCAACUUUGAAGAUUUGAUAACUUUCAUCAAGAGUUCUCAUAGAGAGCACACAGCCUUGAUUGAUGAGAGAUUGGAGUCAGCCUUCACGAGAUUGAAUGAGAAGUUGGAUUCUAUUUCUUCUUUCACAAGAGACUUGGAUCUUAGAGUUGCCAACAUAGCCAGCUCUAUUAAGAGAGAAGAAGGUAUGCUACCAGGAAAAGUGGAAAUCAAUCCAAGGAGAGCAGCUGUAGCAGCUAUCACUCUUAGGAAUGGAAAAGGGUAUGAGCCACCAGCAUACCCAGAUCAAGAGGAAGCAAAGCCGCCAAUCAAGAAGAAACCAAUGGAGUAUGUCAUUAUUGGAGAUGGGACUGAACCACCUAAGGAAGUCCAUGUCAGAAUAGAACCAGGAACUCAGGAGGAAGUGGAGAAGCCACCUGAAGAACCAAGAGUGUAUGAGCCAAAGAUCCCAUACAGAAAUGUUCUUUCUCAACCCAAGAAGGAGAAGGAGCAAGCAAAGCUCAAGGAUCUUGUUAGCCAACUUUCAGUAAGGUUACCUUUCAUUGAUGCUGCCAAAUAA